GACACACAGAGCAAAACAAAAAAGAUAAUUUGUGAAUGGUGGCGUUCAUUCUUUUAUAAUAAUUCGUUGUACGUAAUUUUCGCUAUGUUAAUUUUACGCCAAUGGCGCCAAGUGAUUGGAGGAGUUUCAACCGUAUCCAACAUACGCUCUUGUAUGCCGGCAGGUCAACAGAUCUGUAAAGUUGACAUAUGCCGGCCUCGACAUAAUCACACCCGACAUAUAGCCACCAGUAUUGGCGCGGCAGACAUUAAAGAUGGCAUAGAAAUCAACGGCAAAACUUAUCCCACUGACAACUGGACAAAUGUGACGCCAAAAAUACUUUCGUACCUGGGUGCUAACAAACAUUUACAAACUAACCAUCCACUUUCUAUUAUCCGACAAAGGAUUGUUAAUUAUUUCUAUAGCACCUACAGAAACUCUCACGGCAAUCCGCUAUUUUCCGUAUACGAUCGACUGAGUCCUAUUGUGACAGUGGAACAAAAUUUUGAUAACCUACUGUUUCCUGCUGAUCACGUCAGUAGAGCGAAGGCAGAUUGUUAUUACAUCAAUCAAACCCAACUACUACGUGCCCACACCACUGCACAUCAAGCGGAGUUGAUAGCAUGUGGAUUGGAUAACUUUCUGAUAACAGGUGAAGUUUAUCGUCGUGAUGAAAUUGAUUCGACACACUAUCCAGUAUUCCAUCAGUUGGAUGCUGUGCGACUGGUAACGAAAAGCACGCUUUUCGGGCGUAAUCAAGAUUUGGAUAUUUUCGAAAAGGAUUGGCAACUAAAAGAUAAAAACUCUGCGGCACCAUUAACAUCCUCAAAGUGUUUGGAUGAAACGAAACAAACGUGUCAUACUCUUGAAGCGGUAAAAUUAAUGGAGCACGAAAUGAAAGAUGUAUUGGUGGGACUUGCCCGCGAUUUAUUCGGCACACAAUUAGAAUAUCGUUGGGUGGACACAUACUUUCCUUUUACACAACCUUCUUGGGAGUUGGAAGUCCUGCACAAAGGUAAAUGGCUUGAAGUACUGGGUUGCGGCAUUAUGCGGCACGAAAUUCUGCAGAGAUCAGGCGCACAUAAUAAUAUAGGCUAUGCCUUCGGAUUGGGAUUGGAACGGUUGGCAAUGGUGCUUUUCGACAUACCCGAUAUAAGGUUGUUUUGGUCAAAUGACAGUGGUUUUUUAAAUCAAUUCAACGAGGAAAAUCUGUGCAAGUUGCCUAAGUAUAAGCCUAUUUCUGUGUACCCGCAGUGCACGAAUGAUCUGUCAUUCUGGUUGCCACAGGGUACGGAAGUGGACGCUGGUUUCGCUUGCAACGAUUUCUACGAUCUUGUGCGUUCAGUAGCAGGUGAUGUGGUUGAACAAAUCAGCCUAGUCGACCGUUUUAAGAACAAUAAAACAGGUAAAUCAAGCGUCUGCUUCCGCAUUGUCUACAGGCACAUGGAGCGCACUCUGACGCAAGCAGAGGUCAACAAGAUACAUAAACAGAUAGCAGACGCUUGUGUGCAGGCGUUUCAUGUGGAGAUUCGUUAAAAUGGAUGUAUGGAAAAUGCUGCAAAACGUUGUUCUUAAUUGUUGACAAAAAAUAGAUUUGGUCUAAGAAAAUUUGUUUUGGUUGCGCAUACAUAUGCGACCAAGGGUGCUGGCGCUAUGGUUGAUGAUUUAUCAUGGCCCAUAGUCGUAGUUAAAGCGGGUUUUAAACAUUGUUAAAAAGGCUAUAUACAGCUUUUAGUUUGUUCAUGUUGCAGUUACUGAAUUAGUUUCAAAUCUAAAAUUAAAGAGUGUUCCAGCAAUUUACAAAGUAA